CCGAUAAACCUCUAAGCCUUCUUCUUACCCACUCCUUCUCGAUGGAUCUGAUUGCUUCCUCGUUCUUCUCGUCCACCUUUCUUUAUGCUUCCUCGGAAGAGAGCUGAUGGAGGAGAGGUUGCAGUAGAAGGAGAAGGGAGACCUAUCUGUAACGCCACUGAAUCGCUCAUCAAGAAGCACCGAAUCGAAACCAUUGUUGCGGCCACGGGAUCUCCUGCAACCACUACCGCCGUCAACGUAAACACCAACAGUAGCAACUCCGGCAAAGCUAGCAGUAACAGCAACAGCGACUCGUCGAUCAUGACGCUAGGAAACGGAAACCAACAAGAUAUCGAUGAGAAUCUGCACAGCCGUCAGCUUGCUGUCUACGGUCGCGAGACUAUGCGAAGGCUGUUUGCUUCCAAUGUUCUCAUAUCCGGGAUGAAUGGACUCGACGGUGAGAUUGCAAAGAACCUGGUUCUUGCUGGAGUCAAGUCUGUGACCUUACAUGAUGAAGGAGUGGUGGAGUUGUGGGUGAAGGCUUGCUUGGACGUGAGAAUUGCCAUCGACCAAAUUCAUUGGAUGGAGAUCUUGCAUGAAUCGGCGGGAAGCGGCAGCUCGCGGAGUUCCUCCCGAAUGAAUUGGAUCAAAGGUAGUUUUGAGCUUCAAGCUUUGAUGGCGAAUAAGCCAUAAGGUAAGUGAGCUGCUCCCCAUGCCUGCCAAUUAUUGUUUCACAUGCGUAAGUGAAUGGAGGGAUUUGCAUGGCUUGAUUAACUGAACCAAUACCUUGGAAGUAGAGAGUGGAUUUGAGAAAUAUACCUAUAAUCCACAUGGGAACUAACGUGAGCUCUUAAUAAGGAAUCGGGUGACUUAAUUUGAAUGGAGGAAUGGACUGAAAGCAGGCUAGUAUGUAUAAAGAAUGCUCAAUUAG